CACAAUUAGAUUUUUUAACAACUAAAAUCAAUAUUAAAAUGAACCACAAUAACAAGAAAUUCGUGGCAAACAACACGACUCAACAAAAUACGAGAUCCUCCCAAACUUCUAGAACUACCUCCAUAACACGAACGACUUCAACGCGAUUCGUGAGUCGAUCCAGUUCAUUUGCGACGAAUGUCGUAGCAAUUAGUAGCACCUACAAUCCCGUAUACAACCAAACGAGAGGGUCACAAGCAUUUGGAACAAUAAAUCAAAUAGUCCCCGACCAACCCUUACAUAAUACACCUUCCUCAGUGCCAACUCGGUUGACAGUACCAACCCUUACAGGCAAUAACUCAAUUACUCAAGAUGCUCGACGUUUGUUGGCCAAUUCUACUAGUGCAGCUCCAGGGCCAUCAAAUCAUACAUUUUCGGAGCGGUACGACCUGAAGGAUAAAGCAUAUGUACUAAUUUUCCAUCACACGUUCAAAAAUGAUCCCGAACUACAUCGAAAAGGAACUGAACAUGAUAUAAAGUUGAUCAAGGAUGUUUUUAAAAACUAUCGUGCAGAAGUACCUAGCCCCUGUGAGGAUUACACGGUACAAAAGGUCGAGAAGAAAAUGACUGAAAUUCGGAAAAAAAGCUUUAACAACUAUUCUUGUUUGAUCGUGAUUAUUAUGAGUCACGGAGAAAGAAGAGACCUUAUAAGAGCAAAGGACAAAACGUACGAUUUUGAGGCGAAAAUUGUUGAACCGAUAUUGAUGAAUGACUCUCUUAAAAACAAGCCGAAGCUGUUUUUCGUGCAAGCCUGCAAAGGCGGUGCCACUAUGGAAACGGACUUUCAUCCCAAGGCUACCAACAAGUUCGAUAUGUUGAAGUGCUACAGCACUUAUGAAGGAACUGUAUCUAUGAGGGACACUGAAAAAGGUUCGUUUUUUAUUCAAAAUUUGUUCCAAAUAAUUGAGAAAAAUGCAGACAAAGAGAUAAUCGACAUAAUGACACUAAUUAGGAAUGAAUGUCGCAGUACAAGAGUUCAACAGGCACCAACCGAAACAUCUACGUUGACAAAAAAGUUCUAUUUCAGUGAUUUAAAGAAAAAAUAACGACACAAGUUGCAUCGGUGGACCCAACCAUGGAAAUUCAGUAUUUUAAACAAGUUUUCUAUGCAUGUGUGUCAGAAUAACAAUCGACAUCUAUAUGAUGAUGAUGAUGGUCCCACCUUUUACUCCUACAAAGGUUUUAGCUUGACGAUUUAUCUUCAAGAUAAUAUACAUGACAAUUUAACCCGAUUUGCAAACAAAAUUGAACUGGUUACAGAUACAUAUAUAAAUUCCCUCUAGAGCUUACAGUUGCUUCACAGCGAUAUUAAUGUGGAAAAACUCAGGCGUCCACCUCUUAGUUCGCCUUUUUGUCCACCUAAAAUACUCAUAAGUAAUACAAGCAAUCAAGAGUUAAUGAACAAUCAACAAAGCAUCCUAUUACAAUAGCAACCCCGCAAUCUGAUGCUAUCAUAAUUUUAAGCAAUGUCAGGAAUGCUCACGAACCCCCAACAUUUGCCAGAAAACAUACUACUAACUCAAGGUAUCUUCCAAAUAAGCUUCAAAAUUGCAUUUUUUUUUUAUCAAAUGUAAAAUUCUGUCCUCUAUAUCCGUAAUUCGCGCGCGAGGCUCAAACCUUUGUAGACUACUUUAUUUUUUAUUUAUCUACUAUUAAUUCAAAUAUUAAAAAUCCGUCAUCACCAUCGGGGCAAACAGAAAUAGAUUUUACAGUGCUACAAUAAUUAUUAAAAAGUCGUUUUGACAGCUAUCCAUAUAAAAUAAUCCAUUAGCGAUAGCUUUGUCAAAAUUCAUAAUUUGUCAAUUCAUAAAAAAAUCACUGGAUAACUGUUCAAAGGACAGAUUUAACGUGUGAAAUGCCGUGUCCUUUAAAUUCUGUAAGUGUUGCUGAACGUUGGAUAUGUCUAGACACCGAAUUGAAAACAUUUAUUCCUUUAUAAUAUAAUGAAUUUUGUGAAGCACAAGUCAAGAAAUGUGGUUUUCUUAUUUCAUCCGCGUUUUUAGUAUUAUAUCUAUUAAAGUCACUUCCUCUUUCAAUUCGAUCACACACAUAUCGAGGCAGCAAAUCGAUAACUACUUUAAAAAUGAACACCACAGUCAAAUUAUCAAUUCUCUACUUCACCGACAACCAUUGUAAGGCGUCUACCAUCUAAGUUGAGGAAGUGAAUCUAUUACAUCUCACUAUCAAACGCAUUAUUUUAUUCUGCAUGCGCUGUAAUCUAGAUAUUUGUGUUGAAAUGGCCAGAUAUAAAAUGGAAGGGCAAAAGUCUAUAUGAGGAGAGAUGAUUGAUUUGUAUAGUUGUAUUUAACUGGCAAUAGUUUAAUCGUUUUUCAGUCGACAUAGAAUUCCAUACUUCUUGGCAAUUUUCUUGAUGAUAUUGUCAAUGUAAAAGUUAAACUAAAGUUUGUCAUCAAUAAUCAUACUUUAAUCUCCCGAACGCAAUCAAUAGUCUUAUCAUCAAUUACAACAGAGACAUUCUCAUUUAAUCGAUUCCGCGAAAUUACCAUAAAUUUAGAUUUACUUGUAUUCAAUUUCAACUGCUUAUCUUUCCGGAGACGAACCAGCCCAGGGCUGAAAGUCUCCUUAAUAAAGAUAUAAAACGGCAUCAUCUUAAUCCUUAGCUGCAAUGAAUAACAUAGUAUCAUCUGCAAAAAUAUUAAUUUCGCAAAAUCCUAAAACACGUCGCAAGUCAUCAAUAUACAUAAUAAAUAACAGGGGCCCUACUACACUUCCCAGGGGCACUCCAAGUUUAUUCCCCACAGGACUGAAAACAGAAUCAUUAAAAACAGUCCGUUGAGUUCUGUCAGACAAAUAGCUUUCAAACCAUUUAUAUGCAGUACUCUUAAUUCCAAAGCGCUUGAUUGAUCUUAACAAUUAGGGCCUAGAAAUUGUUUCAAAAGUGCGUUUAAGACAGCAACAAUCGUAUCUUUACACUUCAAGAUAUUUUUCCACUUCGCUAAUGCCAAAUUCAACGCGGUUUCACAAGAAUGACCUUCCAGAUAUCCCGAUUGUUCUGGUAUCAACAAACUAUUACUAUUUAAAUACUCCAACAACUGGCCUUUAACAACAAGUUAUAAAAUUUUCUCUAAUGUGUGCAACAUGUUGAAGGGACGAAACUCUUCGGCUUUAAUCGUUCCAGCAACUUUUUGAAUAGGGACCACUAUGCAUUCUUUGCAAAUGUGUGACACAUGUCCAUUUUGCAAUGAUUCAUUAAUAAGGUUCAACAAGAUGUGGCCAAUGACAUCAAAGCAAUCUUGAAUUACUCUAGCAUUAACAGUUUCUACUCCAGCCGAUUUUUGGUAAAAUUUGAGUGAAAACCUUCAAAUCUACAACUACUAUUAACUGGCUGUUUUAUUUCGUCAAGUUCAUCGACCAAUUCAAUGGAUUGAUUAAUCAAUGAAACACUGUCUACAAAAUAAUCACUAAACAUAGCUGCAAUUACUUGUUCUGACUGUUCUAAUGUGCCAUUAAAAGUUAUGGACCGCAGUUUGCAAUUACUAGGUCUUAAUAAAGAUUUCAAAAUUUUCCAUAACUCUUUGCUGUUGUUUUGAUGCUGAUCAAUCUUCUUUUUAACAUAUUCACAACGAGUUUUCUUUAUCGAUUGUGAAUACUUAUUACGCGCGAUUGUGUACCUAUUCCAAUGAUUGUCAUUAUUAUCAUCAUUAUUAUAGAUCUACACAAUUUUUGAAACCAUUUGUCCCUGUUUCGUUUAAGACGCAAAAGAUUCAAAUUGUACCAGCUGUUCGAGUUAUUCAAAGAAACAAAUUUUUGGCCAACCACUUGAUUUGAACACGUUUUCAGAGCGUUAUUAAAAACAGCUGUAGAUUUAUCUAAGUUAUCGGCCACGAAUGGAAAAUCCACGCUUCUAUUAUCAAGAUUCGAAACACCUUACUUUGAGAAAUAUUCCAGCACUCCAGCACUUGAAUUUUUCAAAUCUAUCGUAAUCGUUAACAUGAUCUAAGACAUUAAUUACUAAGGUCUCAUGAUCGGUUAUUUUCAAAUCAGUAUCCGUAACUGAACAAAUCGAAUCAAAACUGGAAUGAACGAGGUCAAUUCAAGUUCGACUGUGCCUGGAAAGACGCGUAUAUUCAUUUACCGUUUGCUUUAAAUUGAAAAUCUCUGCAAAACGCUUCAAAUGAUAAGAGUACGCAAAUCUUCAUACAAGUGUAAAAUGACAUCAUCUUAAUCCUUAGCUGCAAUGAAUAACACAGUAUCAUCUGCAAAAAGAUUAAUAUCGCAAAAUCGUAAGACACGUUGCAGGUCAUUAAUAUACAUAGUAAAUAACAGGGGCCCUAAUACACUUCCCUGAGGAACUCCAAGGUUAUUCCCCACGGGAAUGAAAACAGAAUCAUUAAAUACAGUCCGUUGAGUUCUUUUGUUUAACUAGUUCAUUUAUUUGGAAGACUCAAUCGCGUUAGCUUUACGGAGCCGAUAGUUCAUUGUUCUUUGUUUGUAGCCCAUCCCUUGAGUUCUGUCAGACAAAUAGCUUUCAAACCAUUUAUAUGCAGUACUCGUACCCAAGUAAUACUUGCAACAUCUUGCAUGAAAAAUAAUAAAAAUUCCUGUUGUAGAUAAGUUACAUAUUAAUUGCUUUUAAAACAUCCUGCGUUAUAGUUAUAGUCAUAAAUAAGUUGCGCAAGUCAAGCAUAUUUUUCAUGGAGAUAUCUAAAGCACCUGUUCUUCAAAUAUUUCAACAUAAAAUUGACGUUUUAGCGCAUGGCAUAAGUAAAAUUUGUUGGAACCAAAUGUUAAUAAUUGCAAUUCUAAAUCGUUCAAAAGAAAGCAAACGACAAAAUUACUCUUGGCCAGAAAACAAUCCAAAAAUCCUAUCAAGUCAGACACUUCGGUGUUAUCCUCGACUCCAAGUUAACCUUUGCUGAUCACUACAAUAACUUUUUUUUAUUAUAGUCACUUUAACACUCUUGGGUCAUUCGUGACUUGUCCGGGGGUGAGAUUUGAACUCGUGACUUUGGCGUGAGAGGUAUGGAUGUUAACCACUACGCCGGGGUCGCCCCCACUACAAUAACAUUAUCUACAAAGCAAGCAACAUGCUCGGGUUCAUUAAAAGAUUUAGUUUGCACUUCAAUGAUCCCUACACAAUAAAAACACUUUACGUAGCGUGGGGCCUCUUUCGAAUAUUGUAGCAUAGUUUGGGCUUCAUAUCAUGUUACAUAUGUAAACCGCAUUGAAUCAGUUCAAAAGCAGUUCUUGUUGUUUGCUCUAAGAAAGUUGGGUUGGACGAGUUGACCAUUUCCAUCUUAUGAGUCGCGGUUGUAUGCUAAUUAAUUUAGAUGAACUCAAAAAGCGUAGAGAUUUUUUUUAACUAGUUCGUUUAUUUGAAAGUCGGAGCCGAUAGUUCAUUGUUCUUUGUUUGUAAAAAAAUUCACUUAAUUCUAGUAGGAGUUGGGCCGAAUACUCGCGGCUUACAUGAGGUUGGAGAGGUACAUUGUCGAAUGAUCAGAACAGGGGAGGAGCUUGGGGGUAAGGUUUCGUUUUUUUAUCAGAGCGUUGUCGCCAGUAUGAACGGUAGUGCGAUUCUAGUUUCGUCUGGAGUUCGAGCGAAGAGAGUUCGCAAUGAUUGCUCUUAUGAACGAUGUGAUUUUGCAAAAUAUUAAUGUAUAUAGAAGAUUAGGUGUAUGUAGUUGUUGUAGGUAAGUUGUAUUUAUAAAUAGUAGUUAUAAGUUCUUAAUUUAACGCAAUCCAAUCCCACCAAGGUGGUCAUUCUUAAAACAGGCCUGAUAAGACUGGGAGCUGUAAUUAAUAAUAAUUGAAAUUUCAAAAGAACUAAAGUGGAAAAGACGCGUCUGUGUCACUUGAGAAGUAAUACAUGUAAACCACUCAAAUACAAGAAAUAAAGAUCAUUUAAAGUCAAAAAAGUCAAUAAAAGGAAAACAUUAAUUUUUAUGCUCCCACUCGCACACUCCGGAAUAGAAAUUUGUGUAGCAUCAACAAUCAAAGAACAGACUGUGCCAAAAAUAGCCCAUUGAAUAUAAUGAUGUCUUGCUUUAAUACAUACUGUGAAUCUAUUGACAUAACAAUGAAUAAGAGUACGCUUCAAAAAACUAUCUUCACGAGGUAAGCAAGGCAUCAAUAAUAAAAUAUAAAUGUUAUGCAAGUACUUGUAGUAAAAUUGUAACAAUUAGCGUUUAAGUAAAAUUGUAAAACGGUCUGCACUGAUUGACGACAAAUAAAUAAAUAGUGUAAUA